GGUAGGGGGGUCAAAUCCCCUUUGGCAGCUGAGCUCUGCCUUCCGCGUGGGACAAGCCUCAGCCACAGGCCUGAACUGCUCGACUGGGCUGAGCUCCUGCGCCCCCGUCACUUCUACCCCUCCGCCGGGGUUUUCUUUCCAGAGCGGUGGAGGAAUAAGCCGCCCUCCUCCUCCUCUGACCACAUGAUCCCCGGGCCCGGGGGGUUCGCCGGAGGGGGUGACCCAGCUAGCAUUGCAAAAUUGGGAGAGGACGUCACCCGUGGCAGGAGAAGUCCCCAGCUGCCCUGAGCGUGGCUGGCCUGUGCCAGGCGCUCACCCGCCCUGUGCCAGCGCAUCACGGUGGCAUUCCCGGCAUCAGCAGGUGGCCUUGGAAUCAGCGCGAGGCACCUGGCUACGAUGGCCGAGCAGAACCGCCCCGCGCCCUCCUCCUGCGACUGCUUCGUCGCUCUCCCUCCAGCCACCGCCUCCCGGGCCGUGAUCUUCGGCAAAAAUUCAGACCGGCCUAGAGAUGAGGUCCAGGAAGUCGUCUAUCUCCCUGCUGCAACCUAUGCCAGGGGGGCAAAACUCAAGUGCACGUACAUAGAGGUUGAGCAGGUAGAGAGGACCCACGCGGUGAUUCUGAGCCGCCCGGCCUGGCUGUGGGGCGCCGAGAUGGGAGCCAAUGAGCAUGGCGUCUGCAUUGGGAACGAAGGGGUGUGGACCAAGGAGCCUGUUGGGGAGGAGGAGGCCCUGCUGGGCAUGGACUUGGUCAGGCUGGGUUUGGAGAGAGGCAGGUCGGCUCAUGAAGCCCUGCAGGCCAUCACGGCUUUGCUGGAGCGCUACGGCCAGGGCGGCAGCUGCAAGGAGGAGCCGACCCCUUUCGUUUAUCACAACACCUUCCUGCUGGCGGACCGCACCGAAGCCUGGGUGCUGGAGACAGCCGGCCGGUACUGGGCAGCCCAGAGGAUCCGAGAAGGGACCCGGAAUAUCUCCAACCAGCUGAGCAUCGGCACGGAGAUCACCGCCGAGCACGCAGGGCUGAGACGCCACGCCCAGAGCCAGGGCUGGUGGAGCGGGGAUGGGGAGUUCAACUUCACCAAGGUCUUCUCUCUGACCCACCAGCCUGUGCGGAUGGAGGCGGCCAAGGCCCGGUACUGCGCUGGCAAGGAGCUACUACAGCAGCACGCAGGCCGCAUCACGGCGGAGACCAUCAUGGCCAUCCUGCGGGACAAGGCCAGUGGGAUCUGCGUGGACUCGGAGGGCUUCCGCACCACGGGGAGCAUGGUGUCCAUCCUCCCCCAGGACCCCGCCUUGCCCUGCGUGCAUUUCUUCACAGCCACGCCCGACCCCUCCAGGUCCAUAUUCAAGCCCUUCAUCUUCGUCGCCAACGUGACUCCGGUCCUACAGGCGAUGUCUCCGAGCUUCGGUGACAAGGACCCCGUCCAGAAGGUCCCUCGAUUUCAGAGCAGAGUUGAUCGGAGACACCAGCUCUACCGGGCACAUCAGGCAGCACUUGAUCUCAUGGAGACUAACCAGGAGCAGGGCCAGAAGCUCCAGCAGACCAUGCAAGAUCUGGAGAGGCAGGGCCUGGAGGCCAUGAAGGAAAUGCUGGCCAGUGGUAUCACGCUGGACCCGGAGGAGCUGGCUGACCUCUUGUUUGACUGUGUGGACACAGAAAUCAAGUUCUACAAAUAAGCCCGAGGCAGAGCCCUGCCUGCCCUACCCUGUCUGGAGGUUGCUCUGUUCGCUUCUCUCCCCUGCUUUCCUUUCAGCGGGGAGCAUUUCAAAGGCACAGGAGAACCUUAAUUCCCGCUGCUGCUGCCGCCCCGUCUGCUCCGCUCCUGAUUCCUAACCUCACAUCCGAUCGCUGCCGUUCUCUCCGGCUGCGUGAACUGGACUGGAAGUGGCUUUGCGCCACCGGGAUUAUUGCUCUGGCAUGGUGCCCUCUCUGGACCCUCCGCCUGGCAUUGCCCAGCCUGUAGCUGCGGACAGCCCUCCUUGGGAACGGGCGGGCGCCUGCCACUCCUUUCCUAGCACGAGUUGUCACUCCCCUGAAGAGUCCAGAGCUCCAGCGGAGGCUUCAGCAGCUUGAACAGGCCUGAGCUCCGUGGGACCGGGAAGGGGAGAGCCUCAGCUAGCUCGAUGGAGCUGAAUUUGGUGGCUGGGUUACCAGGGGGCCCACCUUGCUUCUUCCUAAAAGGAAACACGGCCUAAUGGUUAGAGCACAGGACAGCUGGGCUCGCUGACUCACCUAGGGACCUCGUUCGAGUCACUUUCCCCUUCCGUAGCAGGGGGAUGAUCCCCACCUAUGUGUCCUGUACAGAGCUGGGAUGCUGUGCAGGGCUAGCCCCACCCCCGCCAGGGAGCACAGGACAGAAGCCCACAGGCAGACAGACUGAGGUGGAAUAAAGAGGUUUUAUGUUUCAAUCA